GACGACCAAGAAGUCAUGAUGACCUCAUUGGAUAUCAUGCUCUGGAAUGUACAGGGCUCUUCCAGAGCAGACACAGCAUCAUCGGUGUUUAAUCACCUGACGCUGCACGGCCCUACCCUUGCUCUCCUCACGGAGACGAACGGCGACGACGGAGAAGUCGUCGCCCUCACCGCCCGUUACCCAAACAGGGCGGUCACCAACGCCUCGGGCAGAGGCACUGGUGUCGGCCUGGUGAAGCCCUUGGGCUCCACCCUCAAGGCAGACACUCUCUUCGCCGACAGGCUUGGCCGCACAUUGUUGGUCCGUGUGAACGAGCCAAACUACACCAUUACGAUCCUGUUGGUGUACGCGCCUGCCUCGAAUGCUGGCAGGUUGGACUUUGUCACCACCCUGCAGAACUCUCAAGCGAUCUUUGACAACGACAUCGACGUGAUCGCAGGCGACUUCAACACGUGCGCAACUGAUCGUGACGACUUCACAUUGUUCAUCAACGAGCUGGCAGCCCUCAACGAUCUUGUUGACACCGGCGCCCAUGAUAACAUCCCCACCCACAAGUCGUUGUCGAGCGGUACGGAGAAACGCCUCGACCGACUGUACGUCCGGUCCACCCUGGUGGGCCCUCACCGCGCCAAGGUAGAUGUAUCCCAUGCGCACACCAAGUCAGAUCAUCACCCCGUACUGAUAACAGUAUACCCAAAACAGAUCACCCCAACAGGACACAGAUGGAUACUGAGGAAGGAAACGCUUGCGWCUCCUGCCGCGAUGGACUUGGUCCACGGCACUCUCAGUCGCAUCACACCCUCUGGUCUGUCCACUUGGCUCAGCAUCAAAGAGGCGCUCAUCUCGCGGCUCAAGGCGGAGCAGGCUCGCAACGCCGGCGAGCGAAGGAGGAUCAUAGUGGAACUCAAACGCUACCUCGCUCGCCCGCCACCAGGGGCCACACCACACCGGCUUGAUCAGUCCAGGCUAGCCGACCUCCUCGAGUCUGCAAAGGUCGAGAAGGAGGCACAACGAAGGGACGCUGAGCUUGGCAUGGAAAUGCCAAGCAAGUACCUCACUCGCAUCGCCAAGGGUAGGAAGACCGUUGAUCUGAUCACCGAGAUCUACGGCGAGGAUGGCGCCGCCACCUCUGACCCUCCCGAGAUACGCAAGGCAUUCCACUCGUUCUACUCCAAGCUCUACACCAAGGGCGCCGACGACGCCGAUGAGCAUGAGAGACUACUGUCCCACUGGAGCCCGGACCGCCAAGACAAGCAAGGUGACCCUCUCUCCCCGACGCUCUUUGUGCUGGUCAUUGAGGCACUGGCAGCAGCAAUCAACGCCGACCAAUCCAUCGUGGGCCUGCCUGUGUCACCGCCCCUCAAGGUCAAGCUUCUCCAGUUUGCCGACGACACUGCAGCGCUCACCAGGUCACUCGAGGAACUCUUGAGAGUGAUUGAAUGGUUCAAGGUCUUCUGCAAAGCCACCUCGUCAGCCAUCAAUGUCGACAAGUCUGUCCACAUUGUCCUGGGCGAUGCACCAACGUCUGAACUCCCCUACCCAGUGGCCACCGAACCUGAAAGGUACUUGGGCGUCAACUUCACCAAGCAGGGCAUCUACUCCAAGUUCAAGACUCUCAUCAGCUCCCUCCGCGGCAGACUCUCGCUCUUCAAGUCUGAAAGCACCACACUGCGGUCUAAGGUUGCAGCUAUCAAGUCUUACGCCCUCCCCCCUCUGAUGUACCACUUCUAUCUGGACUCACCGACCAAGUGGCAGAUCAAGAAGAUCGAUAACCUCACCAAAUGGUUCAUCUCAGCCCCCAAGGCCACCGCCUACGGCUCCAGCUUCAUCAACACGAUGGCACUGGACCGCGCCAGCUUCCAUUGGGAUGAAGGUGGCCUCAACCUCUGGGACAUUGGGCUCAGAUCAAUUGCCUACAAGGUUUGGGUGUUCAAUCGUUUCCUCAACACCCCAGCCCACCUCACCCAUGGCUACCUGGACUCGUGGAGAACUCAACACCGCAACGCCAGGAAGUGCCUGGGCGGCAAGUUCACUGGUCUCUUCCUCAAGUUCCACACACCUUGGAUGGAGUUCCGCUCUGCCCACCUCUCCAGCCAUAGCGACAAGGUACCACUCUUGGACAAUAAUGGUAUCACCCUCAGUCUGAAAGACAUCUAUGCCAUCCUCUGGAAGGCAAAGUAUGGCUCAAUCAGACUGACCGAGGGUCAAUGGCAGCUCAGUGUCUUCCACGGCCUCAAGCUCCCAGACAUCUUCAAGGUCAUCAGCACCCUGAGAGGACCUUCUUCACGCAACGCCCUCUUCAGGUUCUUCUCCCAUACUCUCCCGAUCAAUCAUAUGAGAGCAGACGCUGACUGCACUCUCUGUGGCAACUCCUGCACRGACCAACCCUACAAUCACUUCUUCUUUGACUGCAGCAAAGUGGCGACCCAAGAAGCCAUGCGCCCAGCCUUAGACUUGGUGAAGCAACGCUCUGGUAUCAACGUCAGAGAAUGGAACAUCAAAGCACUGGACAUCUCCACGAAGUCUCGUCGCCCCAACCUUCCAUUCAUCCACCUCAUGGCAAUCAUUGUCAACUACCUCUGGCACUACAUCGCCAACCACCUCUUUGGCAACAAGGAGGCCCCGUUGGCCAAGCUCA